AUGGGUUCCCUCGCAAACGGUUCACAGCCCGGCACUUUCCUCUUCACCUCCGAGUCCGUCGGUGAAGGCCACCCUGAUAAGAUUGCUGACCAGGUCUCGGACGCCAUUCUCGAUGCCUGUCUGGCUGAGGACCCUCUCUCCAAGGUCGCUUGCGAGACCGCCACCAAGACCGGUAUGAUCAUGGUCUUCGGUGAGAUCACCACCAAGGCCCGCCUGGACUACCAGAAGAUCAUCCGUGGCGCUAUCAAGGACAUCGGCUACGAUGCCUCCGAGAAGGGCUUCGACUACAAGACCUGCAACGUCUUGGUUGCCAUUGAGCAGCAGUCGCCCGAUAUCGCCCAGGGCCUUCACUACGAGGAGGCCCUGGAGAAGCUCGGUGCUGGUGACCAGGGUAUCAUGUUCGGCUAUGCCACCGACGAGAGCCCUGAGCUCUUGCCCCUCACUAUCUUGCUCUCCCACAAGCUCAACGCUGCCAUGAAGGCCGCCCGUGAGGACGGCUCCAUCCCCUGGUUGCUCCCCGACACCAAGACCCAGGUCACCAUUGAGUACGCUCACGACAACGGUGCCGUCAAGCCCCAACGUGUCGACACCGUCGUCAUCUCCGCCCAGCACACCGACGACAUCUCCACCGAAGAGAUCCGCAACACCCUCAAGGAGAAGGUCGUCCGCAAGGUCAUCCCCAAUGAGCUCCUUGAUGACCGCACUGUUUAUCACCUGCAGCCCUCGGGCCGCUUCGUUAUCGGUGGUCCCCAAGGUGACGCCGGUCUGACCGGCCGCAAGAUCAUCGUCGACACCUACGGUGGCUGGGGUGCCCACGGUGGUGGUGCCUUCUCCGGCAAGGACUACUCCAAGGUCGACCGUUCGGCCGCCUACGUCGCCCGCUGGAUCGCCAAGUCCCUGGUCCACGCCAAGCUGGCCCGCCGUGCCCUUGUCCAGCUCUCGUACGCCAUCGGUGUUGCUGAGCCCCUGUCCAUCUUUGUCGAGACCUACGGCACGUCCUCCAAGUCUUCAGACGAGCUGGUCCAGAUUGUCCGCAACAACUUCGAUCUUCGCCCCGGUGUGAUCGUCAAGGACCUUGACCUGGCCAAGCCUAUCUACUCGCAGACCGCUAAGAACGGCCACUUCACCAACCAGAGCUUCUCGUGGGAGAAGCCCAAGGCCCUCAACCUCUAA